AUGUUUCUCCAAAGGCCGUCUUCGAAAGUUUUAUUCACGUGCUCUACCGCUGCAGUCGCAGAUGGACGCAGCAGGCUGUCCGCCAAGCGGACCAACCGAGCCACCUGUUGUUCGAAGCGAGGGAACACUGCAGUGUGGUGCCUGCAGUCUGCAGAGCCCCCAGCGUUGGCGCCCUCUGGAGGAGUCUUCUUUGCACCGGCGAAACUGAAACUUUUUGCCGGCAGUUCGAAUAAAGAGUUAGCUUUUGGCGUGGCGCGAUAUCUUGGCAAAGAGGGGCCUGAUGAGCUAAUUUGUAAAAAUUUCGCCGACGGGGAAAAAUACGUGCGCCUCGUCCAAAGCGUGCGGGGUUGCAACGUCUUCAUCCUGCAGUCGACGUGCCAGCCGGUCAAUGAGAACCUCAUCGAGCUCUUGCUUAUGAUAGAUGCGUGUCGUCGAGCCCAUGCGUUUCAAAUCAUUGCGGUCAUCCCGUAUUCCGCGUAUGCUCGAGCUGAUCGGAUCUUUGAUCUGGAUUCGAAGCGCCGGGAGGCACUCACAUCCAAACUUGUAGCGAAUUUGAUCUGUGAAAGCGGCGCGGACCGUGUGAUUCUCGUAGACAUUCAUUCGCCGCAAUCAUGCGGCUUUUUUGACAUUCCCGUGGAACACAUUUAUGCGUCACCUGUUUUGGUUGACUAUGUACAAACAUGCCUCGAAAAUCUUGGAAAUAUCAUCAUUGUUUCACCAGACAUAGGUGGAGUUGCCCGCGCCAGAGCAUACGCAAAAGCACUUGGCGAUGCUCCUUUGGCGAUCGUGGAUAAACGUCGCGACAGCAGAACAAAGCAUGAAGUCAUGAAUCUUGUUGGCGAUGUCGCGGGUAAGGUAGCAAUUGUGGUGGAUGACAUGAUCGAUACUGCUGCAACCGUCUACUCUGCGGGACAGCUUUUGAGGUCGAGUGGUGCUGCCAAGGUCUUGACGCUCGCCACACAUGCCGUGUUCAGCGAGGUGGCGCUCAAACGCGUGUCUUCAGGCCUUUUCGAAGAGGUGAUAGUCACAGAUACUGUACCGGUGCCGCCAGAGAAACAGUUUCCACAGCUCCGCGUUGUUAGCUGUGCGAACCUGAUUGGAGAGGCAAUAUGGAGGGUGCACGAGGAGACUGCGCAUGCCCUGUGA